AUGGACUCGAAAAAUCAUCGUAUACGGGAUUAUAAGCACCGUGGAAAAGACUCUGAUGAAAUAAGACGUCGUCGAAAUGAAUUGAAUAUAUCAUUACGAAAAAAUAAACGUGAAGAAGCGAUUAAAAUCAAACGCAACUUAGUUGAUGAAAACGGAAUGUCUGAAGAAUCAGAAGAAGAUGCACAAAAACGCCGACCAAAUUUAGAUGAAAUUGCUGAAAAAGCAAAAAGUUCUGAUUUACAAAUACGUUUUGAAGCUAUAAGAUCAGCAAGAAAAAUGUUAUCAAUUGAUCGUAAUCCUCCUAUUGAUGAUUUAAUUCGUUUUGAUUUAUUACCAAAUUUAGUUGAUUGUUUAUUGUUAGAUACAUAUCCUGAUUUACAAUUUGAAGCUGCAUGGGCACUAACAAAUAUCGCAUCGGGCAGUUCAAAUCAGACUAAAGCUGUUGUUGAUGCAAACGCUGUGCCACAUUUACUAAGACUAUUAUAUUCAAAACAACCAAAUGUUUGUGAACAAGCUGUUUGGGCGCUAGGAAAUAUUAUUGGAGAUGGACCGGUUCUUCGUGAUUAUGCAAUUGAACUUGGCGUAGUGCACCCUCUCGUUCACUUUAUUCAACAAGAUAUACCAGUUUCAUUUCUAAGAAAUGUUACAUGGGUGAUUGUUAACCUAUGCAGACAUAAAGAACCUCCACCGCCUGUAAAAGCCGUCCAAGAGAUUUUACCAGCUUUAAAUUAUCUUAUAUCUUAUACAGAUAUAACAAUCCUUGUUGAUACAGUAUGGGCAUUGGCAUAUCUUCUCGAUGGUGGAAAUUUACAAAUUCAGUUAGUUGUCGAUUCUGGUGUUGUACCGAUGAUUGUCAAAUUAUUAGAUCACAGUGAAGUUAAAAUUGUCACAGCUGCCUUGAGAGCUGUUGGUAACAUUGUUACUGGAACAGAUGAACAAACACAAAUUGUUUUAAACAAUGGUGCACUGUCCUAUUUUCCAAAAUUAUUGAAACAUGAAAAAGAUAAAAUAAACAAAGAAGCUGUAUGGUUUUUAUCGAAUAUAACGGCUGGAAAUCAACAACAAGUACAAUGUGUUAUCGAAGCUGAUUUGAUACCUGAGGUUAUUCGUCAUCUUCAACAUCGGAUCUAG